GCUUCUUCUACUCUCCUCUUCACGUCCACGCCCCUUGUACGAGUCGUACGUCGACAGCUGGAUGGCCGCAGCGAACCAGCAAUCCACUCAGUUCGCACAGUUCUGCAUACAAUACUCUAGCCUAGCGCUACUGUAUUAUGACUAUAUCCUCACCUUUCCGCUGGAGGUGAAGUACAUGUGGCGGAAGAAAGUGAUGAUCUCCACCGUGCUGUACUGGUUCUGUCGGUAUGCACUCCUUGCGAACCUGUUCUACCUGCUUGUGAUUGCCAAUGUCGUCAAUAACUGCACUGGGUGGUAUCAGUUCGAUGGAUACCUGAGUAUUGCAGGCCGAGCUGCUGUCCUAGGUGUAUUCGCGUUCCGUACGUAUGCCGUGUGGGACCGCAGCAAAUUUAUAGCGGCGAUCAUGGGUACGCUGUGGAUCAUCACUAUGGCGUUCGACUUCUGGCAUGUAACUGGAGACAAAUGCCAGGGAACAGAUUCAGCGAGCACCAUCAUCGCGAAUACGUCACUUGCAGUAGCAAACUGCGUCUUUGAGUGUGUCGGGACACUAUUGACCACUAUGCGAUGCCUGAAGGCUCGCCAAAUGUACAAGCUGUACGCUCAAGGACCUCAGAAAGAUGGCAUAUUCGACUUUAUGUUACGUGAAGGACUAAUUUACUUCUUUGUUGUCAUUGGAUUCACCUUCACCGCUGUCGUGCUCAACUUCCAAGCGCCAGAAUGGCAAUCUAACUUGUACUUGUCUGCAUCGUCGCUGGCUUCCGACACUCCAGACGCUGCGACCUUGGGAAAGUUUCUGAAUGCUUUGACGCUACCAGUAUCAGGAAUUCUUUCGGCUAGAUUACUCCUCUACCUCCGACAGCAGAGCAGCCGGCAAGAAACGUGGGCACUGCAGGGUGGCCGCCCACGUACGGACGCCUUCAUGGACGACGAUGAUGCGAUUGCGCUGUCAACUUUCCAUGCUGCCACUAUGGAGAGUGAACCCGCCAAUGGCGUAGUCAGCAUUUUCGUGUCGCGUUCUGAUCCUAUUCCACAUGGCACCGGAGAAUUCGGUGGUGACCCCAUGGCGGAUGUGACAGCACUUUUGGAAAACGCAGUCCGGGUAAAAGUGGACGUAGAAACCCAGAAGACGAGGACUUCUUGCAAAGCACCAUCCUAGUUACACCUUACUAGCCCCCUCUCCAGUUACGCCGACCACCACUUCG